AUGACGCCGGUUUUAUUUGAUCAUGUGACCAAUCCAAGAUGUCUACAUCAACCUCAUUCCAGAACAAAGUGAAUGAAUUAGAAAGGCGAUUAAAAGCGGAAAAUAAGUCCAGAGAGAGGGACAGAGUGCGCCCAACAUGUGAUCAAGUACCUAGGCGUACAUUACCGCUAACUGAUUUGGGAUCAAGAUCAAGUUCAGCACCAUCGUCAGGUCGAAGACGUCCAGGUGGCCUUGAUUGUCAGCCACGUACCUCACACCUUCCAAGACAGCCAGAUAGUCAUGAGAUAGAACAAAAGUACACUGAGAUUAUGAAACAGACUGGUAUUCUGACAUUAAAUGGUCAGAAAGUUCCUACAGAUAUAUUCGAUUUUGAACCUCUUGCGUGAACAGGACCAUGGUACUUUUAGCGUGGACAAGGUGUCAGAUUGAGGCAACAAAAAAGCAGUUCUAUUUUUUCUUCCUAGCAAAUGAGAAGAUCUGGUAAUAAAGAGGAGAAUAAAAGAAUAAUAAUGGAUCUGGAUGUUGUGUUAAAAUCUCAUGAUUGUCCGUAUAUAGUACAAUGUAUAGGAACGUUCAUAACUCCUAGUGAAGUAUGGAUAUGUAUGGAGUUAAUGUCUACGUGUUUAGAUAAAUUAUUGAAAAAAACUCGAAGACCCAUUCCAGAAAAAAUUCUUGGCAAGAUGGCUGUAGCCAUGGUCAAGGCACUACAUUACCUCAAAGAAAAUCACGGUGUUAUUCACAGAGAUGUAAAACCUUCAAAUAUUCUAUUAGACGAGAAAGGAACAGUUAAAUUAUGUGAUUUUGGUAUAUCAGGAAGAUUGGUGGAUUCUAAAGCAAAAACUAGAAGUGCAGGCUGUGCCGCGUAUAUGGCACCAGAAAGAAUAGACCCACCAGAUCCCACCCGACCCGAUUACGAUAUCAGGGCUGAUGUAUGGAGCUUAGGAAUAUCUCUAGUUGAAUUGGCAACAGGGGAGUUUCCGUACAAAAAUUGUAAAACCGAUUUUGAAGUUUUAACAAAAGUUUUACAAGAAGACCCGCCAUUGUUACCUUCUGGUCAACAUUUCUCCAUGGACUUUUGCUCAUUUGUCAAGGACUGCCUCACUAAAGAUUACAGACGAAGACCAAAGUAUAGGAAAUUAAUAGAACACCCAUUUAUAAAGAGAUACGAGACAUUAGACGUUGACGUGGCCACAUGGUUUUCAGACGUGUCAGUACAUAUAGAUCCUCAUACAGGUGUUUGAAGAAUAUUUUGUUACAUAGAGGCGGAAUCUCAUUUAUUUGAUGCAGCAGGCCUCUGCACUCGAGCAUAGAAUUCAUCUUCGUAACAGGGGCAUGUAACUGCGUGCAUUCAUUUUGUUUUGAGAAGCGGAAGUCAUAGAUUAAUCAAACAGAUGAACUGGACUCCACACCACACAAAGAUGUGUAGUCAAACCUUGUUGUUGUGGAAUGAUUGGCUUUUAAGAUCUUAUGACUAGUAUUUGAGAUUGUGUAUACAUGUAUUUGUGCUGUUUGAGGUCAUA